UUAUUUAUAACUUCCGAAGAGUCGAUAUUAACUUUUAAACAUUUUAACCUUUGAAUUUGUUUUUAUUAAAUCUUUAAAUAAAAAAAAAACAUGUUAAGUUGUACAAAAGUUCAAUUACUGGAAUUCAGUUUGCUCAUGCAUGAUUUACGCACUGACAUGAUAAACAGAGAUACAUAAAAUGGAUGAUGACGAUGCACCUAUACCUUUUGUCCGUAAUCGGCAAAGUAGAAAAAGCCGACGUUUCUCGAAAGGCCGUCGUGUAAGCAUUGAAAGUAACAGCAGUGCUGAUAGUAUAAGCCAACCAACAUCUACUACUUCCUCUUCAUCAUUGCAAUUCUCGUAUUCCGUCAAUUCCCAAAGUGAAUCCUUGGCGAUCAAAGAAAGAGCUUUUGCAAAAAUGGAGUCUUCAGUGGAGGAUAUCCGACGUGUAAGAGCCCAACAACUUCAAUUGAAUUCACAAAGUGAACCAUCCUUGCUUAAAAUACAACGAUUAUCUCUUGAUGAAAUAGAACGAACACCAGUGAGAACUUUACGACAGAGGUUUGAAGAGCUCAAUGGUCAGGAUCAAAUAAUUUUCAAGACACCAGCAUAUAAGAGCACAAAUAAAGCAAUAAGUGGUUGGCGAAAAGAAACUAACCCAAGUAUAGAUGAGGCAGCAACGGAAGAUGAACUAGAUGGGUUUAGUGAUAACGAUGGAAACAAGUCUGAUACCUCAACUGAUCUUCCACCGCCAAUACCAAAUUCUUCACCUCCACGAUCAACUCCUCCAUUGCCCAUGGAACAAAGUACACUUCAAGUGGAAAGCACUUAUUUAGAAGCUUACAAUGAUCUAGUGGAUCCCAAUCUUUUAAAAGAAACAAAUGCCGAAAAGCUUGAUAAUCUUCUCGUCGUAUCAUCUAAUAUUCAGUGUGAAAUAAAAAAAGUUGCUCCUGCCGACUUUCCAAGAAAUUAUAGAUCAGAACAAAGAAGGAAGACUGAAAUCAUUGGACAAACUGAGCAAUCAAUAUCUAAUAAGCAUAAUUCUUUUCAUUACGGAAGUCCAAUAGACGGAGAAAAUGAAGAAGCAAUUCUUCGUGAAAAAUGCGACAAAACAAUACAACCUAUCCUAGAUGAGCUGAUUAAAACUGAAGAAUCAUAUGUGCAGAAUUUGUUCAUGGGUAUCAGUAAUUAUGGUAAUAUUUUUUCAAGAAAGGAUCUGCCUUUAGGACUGAGAGGGAAAAAAUAUGUUUUGAUUGGAAAUGUUGAGCAAAUCGCAGAAUUCCAUCAGGACGAGUUUUUACCAAUGUUGAGAAGGAAUAAGGAUGACCUUACAAGACUGUUUGAUGAGUUUUCAACUUUUAUUGAUGAAGGCUGCUUUUACGGGUAUGUUCUAUUUACAAUGAAUAAGAAGCGCUCACAAAAGCUUUGUGAAUUACACCGGGAUUACUUCAAGAAUCUGCAAUCCGAACUAAAUGACAAAUUGGGUGUUAAUAGCUUUCUUGUGCAACCAAUUCAAAGAAUGGCCAGAUACCCGCUUCUACUUCAGCAAUUUAUAACGACGCUUUUCAAACAUCGAGAUUUCUAUUUCAAAUCAACAAUUGAGUCUUGUUGUCGUUUGGAGAAAAAGAUGCGUACAUUAUUAACAAUGACAAAUGAAUCAGAAGUUAUUAACGAUAUUAUUGAAUCAAACGAUUUUAAUGUUACUUAUCAGGGAAAAUUCCGAAAAGUUAGUGAAUUCUACGUUUUCGAUCAUAGUUUGAAACGCGGCUAUCGAUCAAAAGUGUUUAUUUUUGAAAAAUGUCUUAUUUACACUGAAAUAAGAGACAAACGAUUGAUAUUCCGAGGGUGUUAUCCAUGUGAGAGGAUUGGAAUAAUAACAAAUAAGAAGACAUUUACACUUUUUUAUCAAAAGCGGAAAACUCAGGAGUGCGAUUUUAGUGCAGAUCCAGCCCAGUGUGAGCAAUGGCUCGAGUUAAUCACUGAAAUGAUCAGUUCUUUUGCAAAAGAGGAACGGCGAAAAUUGAAGGAAAAAUAUUCUAAAGAGAAUGACCAUGCCCACCGUCGCCCACCUAGCUUAUCGCAAUUCAGAAAUUCAAACCGUUUUAGUUCAGACAGUGGCAUUGGAAACAUGUGGUCCCUACCAAAGUCAGUUGAUGACACCAAAGAUGAAGAAAAAAAGUCAACCUGGUAUGCUGUAUAGAAAAAUGCAUCGUGAUGAGCUAAUUUUUGUUUUAAGAGUUUGAAACUAAGAAAAGCCAUGAUAAGGAUCUUUUUAAUUACCAAUUGUAUUAGAUUUUGUUUACAUGAAGAACUAAUUUGUUAAUAAAAACGAUAGAAUAAUUUAA